AGGCGGUGUAGUGAGUGGUCGGAGCUGUUGCAGAAUGUUUGGAAAACUUUUCAUUUCGCUGUUUGUCCUCUUGGCUUUCAACCAUGACCUCACCGACGCCCAGAAGAAGAAGGAGACUCUACUGUCAGAGAAGGUGACUCAGAUGAUGGAGUGGGCCUCCAAACGUUCAGUCAUCAGGAUGAACGGAGAUAAGUUUCGUCGCUUCGUCAAGGCUCCUCCCAGAAACUACUCAGUGGUCAUCAUGUUCACAGCGCUGCAGCCACAGAGACAGUGUGGAGUCUGCAGACAAGCAGAUGAAGAGUUUCAGGUGCUGGCUAACUCCUGGCGUUAUUCCUCUGCCUUCACCAACAAAGUCUUCUUUGCAUCUGUUGAUUUUGAUGAAGGCUCAGACGUCUUUCAGAUGCUGAAUAUGAACUCUGCUCCAACAUUCCUCCACUUCCCGUCCAAAGGGAAACCUCGCAGGUCUGAUACCUACGAGCUGCAGGUCAGAGGCUUCGCAGCCGAGCAGCUGGCCAGAUGGGUGGCAGACAGGACCGAUGUGCAGAUCCGAGUCAUCCGUCCUCCCAACUAUGCCGGGCCUCUGCUGCUGGGCUUCCUCCUGGCUGUGAUUGGAGGACUGGCGUAUCUACGAAGACACAAUCUGGAGUUUCUCUUCAACAAGAACGUCUGGGCCUUCUCUGCACUGUGCUUUGUCCUGAUCAUGACUUCAGGCCAGAUGUGGAACCACAUCAGAGGACCACCGUAUGCACACAAGAACCCCAGCACUGGACAAGUUAGUUACAUCCACGGCAGCAGUCAGGCUCAGUUUGUGGCUGAGACUCACAUCGUCCUGCUCUUCAAUGCUGCGGUUACCACGGGGAUCGUGCUGCUGUGUGAGGCUGCCACCUCUGACAUAGACAUUGGAAAGAGGAAGAUCAUGUGUGUAGCAGGUAUUGGUCUGGUGAUGCUGUUCUUCAGCUGUCUGCUGUCCAUUUUCAGAGCUAAGUACCAUGGGUAUCCAUACAGCUUCCUGAUAAGUUAGAGCUGACCAUGUCAACAUGAAGUCCUGUCAACAAACAGGGUGGUGUCCAUGGCGAUGAUGCCACAUGACGUUUGCUACGCCAUGAUUUGUCUUCUGAUCUGCGAGUCGAGAGUGUGUAUCAACACACACAUAAACACACACUGUGCCUUUACAACAGCAGGACCCUCAUCACCAGUGUGCAUCCUGAACUGCCUCGUGCCAAAAUCUGUUUUGUACGUUAGAAUCUGACUAAAUCUGAAUUUCUUUAAUCAGUUGAUUGGUAAUAAUCAGGGUCUAAAUCCAGUGAGUAUUUUAACUGUUAGGACCAUAGUGAGGUUCUGGCCUCAGUGGUGUGGUGUGGUGUGGUGUGGUGUGGUGUGUUGUGUGUGUGUGUGUGUGUGUGUGUGUGUUUGUUUGUUUGGGGGGGGCACACAGAGGACGAGAUGCAUGUACAUACACUUGUUGGAUUAUUUACUAAAAGCGCCACGUGUGUUUGUGUGCACAUCCUGCGACUGCAGUUGCACACACAAAUAUGCAUGUGCACGUGUGACUCUCAUCAAAAUACAUGCACUAAAGUGUUUCUUAAAGAGUCAAAUCCUUUUUGUUGAACCAUUGUUGACUUAAGUGCAUCUCAUCCUCCUUUUCUGUUCUCACCCCGUGUGUGUGUGUGUGUGUGUGUGUGUGUGUGUGUGUGUGUGUGUGUGUGCUGCUCUUUGAGCUGUGGUCCUUACACUGCUGAGCCACUGGACAGUCUGAUCACAUGUCUGAUUAAUAAUAAGAUUCAUGGUCUAGUGAUUAUACUUUAUAAGAUUAUAACAGUAACACAUGACAGCGUUCAGAUGGUGGAUGAUUUAACAUCAGUGCAGCCUCACACACUCAGGGUUUCCUAUAAACCUGUUUUGGAUUGAAGAGUAUAAAUUACUAGCAAAUGGAGGUUUUACAGAGUUAAUGUUUUCAAUAGUGGGACAGUAUUGCCCUCCUCCCUCCAUUCAUUCAUGAAUUUUCAGUUUGCCAAAUGAGAGUUUGUUGAGUCUUGUUGUUAAAGGAUAAUUUUUUGUCUUUAAUUAGAAGAAAGGUCUUAACCCCAGAGCAAGAUGAGAUCUCUUUCAUCUGAAGUACCAUUUUUUUUCUGUUGUGUAAAAGAUUGAAGUGCUUUAAACAUGGAAGCCUCAUCAGGUACCAGGACAAAAUAUUUGAUCUGAGGUUAUUUCUGAUAUUAAAGUGCCUUAACUGUC